UUUGAGAGCGACAAACCACACCACACAAAAGUUUUCGCCGACGACUUCCUCCAGCUCAGCUCGGCAGCGCCUCACUUGAAGUCGGGAGCCGCAGUCGCUUCGAUGACGGCGACCUUGAUAGACGUGCCAGCGGCUCCAUCUGAGACAUAGCUGAGACAGCGAUUGAAAACUGUGUGUUUUGGCCAAAAGAAAGAAAAGCGUCGGCGCUUGGCUCAAGAGAAAAACAAAAUAACAGAAAAAAAAAAAAAACAGAAACCGAAUGUUGUUGUUGCUAGUCUAGUUCGCUUUCUUUGCAACGCAAAUAAUAAUAAACAUAAUUUCUAAUUAAUGUUGUCGUGUUUUCGUCUUCACAAAUGUGGCAACAGUUAUAAAAAAUGUGCAAAAUGUGUAAAUUGUGAGUGCGGGCAUCUGAAUGUUUCGAGUGCAGUUAAUACAAAAAAAAAAGAAAAACAAAUCAACACAAAUCACAAACAACAUCACAACAACGAGUGUGCAAAUUCGUGUCUUAAGCUAAACCCAAAAGAAGACACACACAAAAUAAUACAAGAGUAAAGUGCUAGCUAGCACUUUAUUAUACCGUUAACAAGUUGCCAACAACAAGAACAACCAUUGCAACCAUUGGCAACAAUUUUGUGUAAACUGUUGAAGGUGUUAAUUUAUUCAUUGGCCGGAACAAACAAAAAAACACAGAUUAGACUCAUCAGCAGUGGAGCAGUGGAACAGCAGCACCCCGACCUGGUCGCUGCACUUGCUCCUCAUGCAUUAGCAAUGUUGCUCUUGCUAAGAUGCGGGGAACCAAAGUUGGCUCUUCCCCACCCCGCCCUCUCCCCCGCCGUUUGCUACUGUUGCUGUUGCUCCUGCAGUUGCUGUUCAAGUGUGGCAGAGCCACGCCCACAGCACCCGCUGCUGCAGCUGUAGCAGCGACAAUUGGUGGCGUUGAGGUCAUCGGCGCCACCUCCUUGGCAGCCACAAGAGCAGCUCUCUACGCGGCCGACGACAGCAAUCACAAUGACGACGACAACAACAACAGCGACGGCAACAACAGCAGAAAGCGAAGAACGGAGCGGAAAAACGACAGCAACAGGAGAGACAAUAAGAGAAAUCAACUAGAGGAUUUAAUGCCAGCAAAUUUACUGUUAGAGGAUCUGCAGCAGACUAACGGACAGCUAAUCAAUCUGACAAGGCAUUACGAUGGCGAUAUCUUCUAUACGAGUGGUCUUCGUCUCGGCCUCAGCGGCAGUUGCAAUGCGGACACCUGCAUCGGCCUUUCCAGCGGCACGGCGGCCGUGGUCCGUCUGGGCAGCGAUGGCAACGAUGCUGAUGGACUGGGUCAGGCCUCAGCCUCGUUGGCUGGCGGUCGCUUGGAGCUGUUGACGCGACGCAUGAAGCUGCAAAAGGCUAAUGCCAAUGCCCAGGCUCAGGGCCAGACGGAGGAUGCCGAUGAGGGCUGCAGUUGCCGUUGUUUGCCAUACUUGCGAGCCUAUCGCGAGGAUUUGGGCAUCUGUGUGGAUGACAUACAUGAAUGCUCUCUCUCACCAUUUGUCAGCGGCUCAUCAUCGGAGAAAAUUCCAUUUGUGUUUUUGCCACUGCGCGGCCAAAUCAUUUACCCCAGCAGAGAAAUCAGUUUUCCCAAUAUCCAUACGCCAGUAUGUGCGGUUACGGGUGCUCAGUACUUGGGCUCGAAUGGCUGGUCGGAUCUGCGUAAUCCCAUCGACACCGAUUAUCCGUUUCGAAUGUUCCGCGACGAGGGACGCAGCUUUCUGCAAUGGCUGGGCGAGGCGGAGCUGCGCCAGAAGAUGCAGGGUCGCCUCAUAGUCGUGCAUUUGGUUUGCCGCGACAUGACCGUGGCUCUCAAUGUCACACACAAGGACACUUUGAUGGCGCCCAAGAAUGUGCACUCGCCUUGUGUCGCCUUCCGAGUCAAUGGCAGUCCCGUCAAGUACUCUCACAAUGUACCAGAGGUCUUCUUUCAGCCCGCCAAUUCGACUACUCUCGCCUCAACUUCGGAUGGCAUGACGAUGCGCGAGUAUGUGGUUAUUGGCAUCUGCAGCCUGCUGCUGGGCCUCAUCUAUGUGGCCUCCGUUUUUCUCUAUCUGUUCAUGAAGAAACGCAAGCGAAGUGGGCGACACAACUCUCGUCACUCGCUGGAUAACAUUGGCAAUGAGAUCAACUAUCCGAAGAAUGAUCAGGUCACCUUUGGUGCUCCGUUCAGUCGCGUGGGCAGCAUCUACUCGGCCAAUAGUAUGGGUCUGGGCGGUGGCAAUGAUGCAGGCACUCGGGCCAGCAUGUCCAGUCUCAAAGAGGACAUGGGCAUUGUGAAGAAUAAUCCGCUGCUACAGCAUUUUCCACAGCUCGGAGAACGAGAGCAUAAUUCGGGCUUUGCCAGCGACAUUUCCAAUUCAAAUUCCGAGUGCGAAAUGGAGGAAAAGAUGAAGACAUCCGUUUCGGUUCUGGUGCAUCCACAGUUGAACAUGGGCAACAACAAGUCUCCGAAGCCUGGCAAUAACGUUGCCGAAAAUCCUGCUCAUGAGACCGAUGAAUUUCUGCAGGAGAACGAGUGUUUGCCCACAGAGAAUGUGGCUGUCAUUGAGGAUCUGAUGAGUGAAGAGAAGCUGGAGAAUCUGCGAGCCAUGGUCAAUGGUAAUGUGCGUAAGAAGCUUUACUUCAAUCCGGCUUACUUUGAACCACAUCUGCUGGCGGAACCACCGCAAGCUGCCAUUGAAUUUCUGCAAAAGAUACGAGAGGUAAUUGCCAUUGCCAAGUAUAAGAUGGCCUCCAAGCGUUACCAGCCAUCGCUCAACAUCAUACCGGAAGAACUACCCCCUGGAAUCAACGCUGCUUCCUCCUCGACCAUGUACAAUGUGCCGCUGCAACAGAAUCUACAGGCCAAGAGUAUGGGUGACAAGCGCAACAGCAUCGAGCAGUGGCUGCAGAGUGUGCCUAACACGGAAGUAACUCCCACGCCAAAAGCAGCGUCACCUAAGAAAAAUGGUCCCAGUGGUUCGCCAAGCAAAAACUCCUCGAUGCGCAAGGAGAUUUCCGCACCCAAGGAACGUCCUCCGCCGCCACCAAUGAAAAAGUCACAAGCGGAACCACAGUCAAAGCAAGACCAGGAGCCCAGCACGAGCAAACGUAUCCAUGAGGAGCCACCAAGGGCAGCCAAGUCGAGUCCAGAGCCUGUUAAACCCAAAACUCCACCUAGCAAUUCAUUUGAUAGCUACUCUGCUUACACCGCAGCCGUCUCGGCCAAUGUCUAUGGCUUUGCGGAGACUGGAGGCGAACUCUAUAACAAUCCAAAGUUUAUGUUGGCCGAUACGCCAACUGGUUCACUGCGCAGCAAUUCAAGUCUUACCAAGUCACUGCGCAAGCGCAGCGAAGUCCUGGAUCAGUUUGCAGCGGCCAAUUCGACGCCUACGUCGCUCAACUCCUUCGAUCGACAGCACUACAAUAUGUUGCGAAACAUGAAGCCCACAGAGAUAAUCUAUGAUUCCUUGAAGCGAGAGUAUGCAGCGCAUAUUCCUACGCCGGACUACGACAGCACCAUUGAGAAAAAGAUCAAGGAGAUUUACAGCAGCACACAGAGCAGCAUUCCCUCCGUGCCAACGCCCGACUACAGUUCGCUGAGUCGCAAAUCCUUGAAGCAAUUCCAACCGGAUUCACCCAUCUACAGACGCAAGUCGCCACAGUAUUUAAUCGUGGACUAUGAGACAGACAGUCUGGAGCGUCUAGAGCCGAGUAAACGCAAAAGUUCGCAUUCAUCCAGCUCACCCUCGUCUGAUGUCAGCUCACAGCUGAGCCCCAGUUUGAGCACAGCACUACCUCUAGAAGAGGAGAUGGAGAUCAGUCACACGGUCUACGAUCGACUCAAUGGGUUUCGCAAGGAGGGCGAGAUGAAGAAGCGUCUUGCGGGCAAGCAUCACCAACAUCAGCAUCACAAUCAUUCGCAGCGACACAAAGAAACCGCCGCAAGAAUCAAAUAUGAUACGCCCUUUCGCGGCAGCAUGACGAUCGAGGUGGAACAUGAGCCGCCGUCGGAUUUGGAGCGCACGGACAGCGAUCAGUUUGAACCAGAUACGCUGGAUCGUAAGCCGAAGAAGCAGAGUUUCUGUGACAUCAAUGCCUGGGACAAUCAUGGUCGCCAGUCGAGCAACGAUCAAUAUUCCGACCCCGACUACAAUCAGAUCAAUUCCCUGCCCGAUCUAAGUCGUCAGUUGACUCCAAACGAAAACAGCAAUGCCAACAGCAAGCCACGCACAGCCUCCUUCAUACUUCGAUCCUCGAACUCGUUUAGGAACCUACGAGAAAUCUACGAAUCGCCGCUGGCCGUGCAGGACAACUACAAGGAGAGUCAUGCGACGCAGAGACAACCAACCGAGGAGGAAGGUCGCAUCCUAACGCUAGAAGCGAAGCAUUCGCGGAGACAACGCGGUAUGGCCACCUCGCCCACACACUCCGUGGUGGAUGUGACUCGAGCGAGUGUAAACAAGACAACCAUUACCAUAUCUUCGCCAAAGCCAGCAGAAAAGUUAUCGACGUCAAAAGCAGACUCCAAUUCAACUGCCUAUGCACGUGGACAUCGACAGCCGCCGUCGCCGCCACGCCCCAAAUCCAAUCAGCACUACUGCGCGCCGCUUAUGCAGACCAAGCGUCCGCUGCCACCGCCACCGCCUUCGCCCAAUGAUCGCCUGGAAGAAGACAGCUACAGCAUGCACAGCGAAAUAACCGAGGUGACUGGCGUAUCUGACACCAUGGCGAACUCGGAGUUUGACAAUUCCUGCAACAACACCAUGUCUAGCGUGAUCUCUGCCAUGACAGAGCAGAGCAAAGGCAAAGCAUUCCCCGUGGAGCAGAAGAACCAACUGGACGCUUAUGGGGACGAUGCUAUGUAUGGCAAGAAGAUGAAUAGUCUGCGCAAUGACUACAGUCUCAACAAGUAUCUCAAUCGCCGCAAGUCGCAAAAACGCGACAGGGACAACAAUGAGAAUGAGCAUGAGCCGGAGCAGCUCAAGGUUUCAGAUGAGCUGGAGUCGAGUAACAAUAAUAAUCACAGCACAAAUAACAAUAAUACAAAGAACCUUAAGGACCUGGAUCUCAAUCAGUUUGACGCUCUGUCCAUUAGCUCUCGCUCGAAUCGAAGCAGCAGCCAUCUCUCGGAACGCACCAAGGAGAUGUAUCGCAAUGCCGGCGUUCCCGUGGGCAUUGCCUAUCCCCAGCGAGCUGCGAACAGCGGAGGUAGUAACUCCAACAGCACCUCCAAUACUAAUGGCAGUCCGAAUGCCAAUGCCAGUGUGAAUGUAAAUGUCAGCAAUGUGCAGACCGUUUAUCGCUGUGAAAUUGAGCCAGCGCAGCUGACAGCCGGCAUGCAGAUUGCCAUUGGUUUAAAAGACCGCGCUAAGAAGGCCAAGGAUCUGAAGAACGCCUGGCGCAAGUUCGUGACGAUGGCUGCCAACAAGUUCAGUCCCAGCCAAAGUCCUGCGCCAACAUAUGGCACCAAGACCUCAUCGGGUUUCUUGGAGGCACUGGAACGUGACGAUGGCAUCGCUUCCAUCAUCGAAGAUGCGGCGCCGCCAAGCACUGCGGUCCAACCGGGCAGUCAAAACUACUAUGAGCAGCGCUUUGGGCAGCUGGACAGUGGCUAUAUGAGCACCGACUCUACAGAGCUGUACAAACGCAACGUCUACGAUCGCUAUAACUUCAAGAUGAUGUCUGGACGAGGACAGAUCAUACGUGUGGAUACCAUCGAAGACAACGAAGAGGAGAGUACCAAUGGCAAUCGCUUAGAGAUGGAUGCCUCUCGUUUUGAGGAUCUGGAGCACAUGGUUUCACCCGGUAGUCGCACUUCAGCGAAUGCUGGUGAGGAUCUGAGCGACGCCGAGUCGGAUAAGACGCUCACACGCUCCCAAACCAAUGAACUGCAUGUUCGGGGAAGCACCACCACCAUGUCCUCGUAUUCCUCUGAAGACGAACAGCGGCGAGGUCACAGCACCUGUUGUGGAUCAUCGGAUGAGGAAACCAAUGCCGAAGACAUGUGGGAAUCGGGCGCAGAGAGCAUUGAAACCCACUCGGUGCUCUACAAGAUGAUACGCAAAACUUAGUAUUAAGGGACGUGCAAUAUAAAUAGAUUAUUUAUAUAUAUAUCUGAAUACCAUGAACGACUUCCAUUUAGCAUAAGAGACUUGAUCAAACAAGUGCAAUAACUUGACGAUUCUUGCCAAACCAUGAGGUGCAAUUCUAUAGUUUCUAAGUAAAAUUGAAUCUAAACAUAAGAGUAGCUAAGAUCACGGAUAUAUACGUACUAUAUUGAUGAAUAUAUUUAUUUUUAAGUAACAGUACGAAUUCCUUGGGAAGUGCAUUUGAUACCGCAAUAGCUACCCCAAGGGGUGACACAUCAGCGUUCUUCCCAUUAUCCUCGAAUCCUGUUCAAUUAAUAAUAAUACAUACCAUAAAGCCUUUUUCUAGAUUAUAGCUACUGUAUAGCUUACAUCGUAUCUCUUAGUUAUCAGAUGCGAAUUGUGAUAAAUAAUAGAAGUCUUGGGCCGGAAAUGUGCAAUCAAUAUGUUAGUCUCAUUAUACACUCUAAGUAUAUAUGUAAGUUAGUCUAAGCGAUUACCCAUUAGAUAAUAUAACCUUGAAUUUUUAAUAAAGAA